GCAGGACGAGGGCGAAGGUCGGACGUGGCACCAAGUGACUAUUUUCGCAAGGUGGCAGAGCAAGUCUAUUUCGCAAUACCACCCACGACCGACGAAACCGGUUCCCACCAUUAGUAAUACAGGGACUACAGGGACCUAAAAUAAAACCAACCUUGUUUGAGUUUGAGCUCACGACCACGAGCCAUUCGCGUCCCCCGGGAAUUCGUAGAGAACGCAACGUUUGAACAUUACGAUAUCGGCGAAAGGAUGAGCGGAGACGUACCGGAGAAUGCACCCGAGAACUGUGUGGGGCCACAAAGCGAGCAGGCUGGGAAAGCCGCCGCCUGCGAGGGAUGUCCGAACCAGAAUGCUUGCUCAACAGGACCGAAGGGGCCUGAUCCAGCUCUUCCGCUUAUAAAUGAGCGAAUGACUGGAGUGAAGCAUAAGAUAUUGGUCCUCUCCGGCAAAGGCGGUGUCGGAAAGAGUACUUUCGCGACAAACUUGGCCUUUGCGCUAUCAUUCGAUGAGAACGUUCAGGUCGGCCUAAUGGACAUUGACAUCACAGGCCCAUCACUUCCCAAAAUGACGGGUUUAGAAGGAGAAACGAUUCACCAGAGCAAUUCGGGAUGGUCCCCAGUCUACGUCACAGACAACCUCGGCGUCAUGUCGGUGGGCUUCAUGCUCUCCCAUCCGGAUGAGGCCGUUAUCUGGCGAGGACCAAAGAAGAACGGGAUGAUCAAACAGUUCUUGAAGGAUGUGGAUUGGACAGGGAAUGGCGAUGGGACGAGCGGGCUGGAUUACUUGGUGGUCGAUACACCUCCAGGCACGUCCGAUGAACAUCUCUCUGCGGUGCAGUACCUGAAGGAGAGCGGGAUCGAUGGGGCCGUGUUGGUUACUACGCCGCAGGAAAUGGCUUUGCAGGAUGUGCGGAAGGAGAUUGCGUUCUGCAGGAAGGUCGGCGUUAAUAUCAUUGGGGUGGUGGAAAACAUGGCUGGGUUCGUUUGUCCGAACUGUAAGGGCGAGUCGGUUAUUUUUGCACCGAAUACGGGAGGCGCGAGGAAGAUGGCUGAGGAGACGAAGAUCCCUUUUCUCGGUUCGAUACCGCUGGACCCCAGGAUAGCGAAAUCCUGUGAUCUCGGCGAGUCGUUCUUGGAUCUGUACCAAGACUCACCAGCGUACAAGGCAUAUACGGAUAUCAUUCAAAAAAUUCGUGCACAUGUAGGCGAUACCACGCCCGUCGCCGCGAACGGAGCUUAAUCCGCGUUCCCUAUCAUCAUGCGUUGUAUCCGAAGGCGUUUGCACUACCAAUUCAUCACUUGUUCCUAUUUGCCCCUUCAGUACGUAGCUCCCAGCAUUCUAGCUCGCCCUCACCAUCUGUACAUACCAUAGCUUUCGAUGAAGGGAGACGGACACAAUCACAUUAGAGC